AUGAGUGACGAAGAAGAAGAAGUUUAUGUUGUAUAUGAAGAAGAAGAGGAAGUAGAAGACUCAUCCAGUGAUGAAUUAGUUCAAUUGGUUUCUGAGUCAUCUAAUACAUUUAUUACGAAAGAAAUUGAAUCCUUUUCUCAUUACCUACCAAAUUGGAGUGCAUACUCAUCUGAUAAUCGUAUGAUCAUUAAUAUUCCAUCAUCAUUCUUGCCCUUAGCUCAAAAAGUUGUUUACGGCUUUUCUGUCCAUGAUAUUUUACUUAAUUUAACAAUUACAAUGAAUUCCAACGACUGGACGACACCUCCACAAAUAACAUUCGAGCACCCUAUUUACAAAUCUCAAUUUAUCGGCCGUCCUUUAAUUGUUGACUUAAUUCCAAAAUUCUUCAACAAAGAUUAUAAACCAAAACAAAAUUAUCGCGCUGCAGGCUACGUACUAAAUGCUGCCGGUCAUGCCGACCCAGAACUUGUCAAGCUUCUUGCUAAAGAAGGAAUUUCGGCAGAAAGAGCCAAAACAGCUUUAGUUCUCUGCAGAAACAAGAUCAAUGAUGCAAGAAGCUUCCUGAGGACAGGUCAAAAAGCAGAUGUUAGUACCAGAAUGCCCUGCAAAUUUGAAGAAUGUAGAUUACUUUACUUUAUCGUUGAAAUAUGUGAUUUAUUCAUCGGUUUACAAGAUCAUUGUUGCUUCUGUGGCAAGAAGCUCUCAGAAGCAACAGUCAAACCUUCAGUUUGCUCAAACAAAUUAUGCAAUUUCUCAUUUACUCAACUUGGUGUUGGCACAAGCCUUCUCCAAGAGAUCAGGCGCGACCCGGACGUGGCAGAUCUUAUGAUAUCUUGCUUCGCUACCGCUCUGGGAACUGCCUGGCUGAAACCAAAACCAAAUAAUUUCACAGACGAUGAAAUGAGACAGAUUAUCAACGGAUUACCAACUGUUUCUGAUAUGGUACGAGCCAAUGACGACCACCAAUUGGCAAAUCUCGUUGGAGAUAAAGCGAUUUUACUAUUAAAUUGGAUUAUUCUCUCGAACAAGUCACAGUUAUACGAAUUGUCACCCGAAUUACGACUCAAGCAGUUCCCAACUCGUCACCAAUUCCUUACUCUCAUGGCUUCUGAAGAGAGAGAAAACGAAUUUAAAGCAUUGAAAGCGAAAUACGGUUCUUUCUUCCUUUGGCAUGGAUCUACAGGUGACAGAUGGCACUCCAUCAUCAGAAAUGGUCUAAAGAACGGAACAGGAACCGAAAUGCAACAAAAUGGAAAAGUUUUCGGAUCUGGAAUUUAUUUGGCCUCCGAACUUUUGACUUCACUUAACUACGUAAAGAAUGUCCAGAACGAAUACGCAAGAAGCACGUUAGGAAAUUCACUCCAAGCUGUUGGUCUUUGCGAAGUUGCAAAAGUUCCUGAUUUGGAAGACCACGGAAGAGCUUACACAUUGAUGAACGAAAAGGCUAUUGUUGUGAGGUUUUUGUUCGUCGGAGCAAAUUUCUCAUACGAUGUUGUCCAGAAACCUUUGGAACGUGUUCCAAAGUUGAAAGAUAUCCUCAACUAUCACGCUUCUCUUAAUAAAUGA